UGGAAAUUAUCGAAAUAAUAAUAAUUAGGGCUCUAUUUCGAACCCACUGUUUUUUUUCUCUCUUUUCUGCACGGUCCCUGAGAAAACUGGGGAAAAUUUACGAAGUCCCAGAAUUUGUACUUCUUUUUUCAUGUCUUAGAUGCUCAAAUUUUCCUGGGUUUUCUCGGUAACCAAACAAAUUGAGACCACUUUCUUUAAAGCCAAAACCUCUGUUUUCUGAACUGAAAUUAUAAGCAAAUGCAUGAAAUAACUAGGACUUGACUUCAUUUGAUUUCCUUCGGUGCUAGUCAAUUUGUUUUAGUGCUUUAGGUGUCUGAUACUGAAACAAAAUCUGAACUUUAAUUGUUUUUAUGCAUUUUUUUUUGCUCUUGUUAGCUGAAAGAGUGCGCACUAGUUUUGAUUCUUGGUAGAAUUUUUCUUAAUCUAGGGCAAGUUAGGAGUGAAUUAGGGUGGAAAUUUAUAAAUGGAGGAAACACUGACACCUACAAAGAGAAAAGAACCUGAGAAGGAGGAGGAGGAGGAAGAGAAGAAGGAAGAGAAAGCAGAGAUUGUUGGUGCUCAACAAAAGCAAGAAUCUGCUUUGAAGAAGAGGAACUUGACACGGACCUGUGUUCAUGAAGUUGUGGUCCCAAGUGGGUAUGUGGUGAAUAAAGAUGAAACCCUUUGUAUAAUGGGGAGAUGGCGAAAAGUUAUAAAUUUGAGCUUGACCCUUUUCAGAAGGUGUCUGUAGCUUGUUUGAAAAGGAAAAUCGAGGAUCCUGAAAUUGUCGGGUUGGUUAAUCAAAUUGAGGAAUUGGAACGAAAGCUACAUGCACAUCCACUGCACAAGGUUUGCCAUAUCAUUCAGAAUCAACUUCCCUCCACACAUUGUUCCUAUAAAAUUUUGUUAGGCAUCUCAAGAUGUGAAUCAGAUGAAAAGUUUUCAUAGAAAAGCUGAGGUGAAUCAUGAAAUUCAACAACUCAAAUCGAAAAUGCGUGAUUCCCAGCUUCAAAAAUUUCGUGAAGAACUCAAGAACCGAUCGCGAGUCUUGAAAAGACUUGGACAUAUAGAUGCUGAUGGUGUUGUCCAGCUAAAGGGAAGAGCAGCCUGCUUAAUAGACACAGGAGAUGAAUUACUUGUUACAGAACUGAUGUUCAUGGUACUUUCAACGAUCUUGAUCAUCCCCAAGUGGCUGCCCUUGCUAGUUGCUUCAUUCCAGUAGACAAGUCAAGUGAGCAGAUACAGUUGAGAACAGAACUUGCUGAACCAUUACAGCAACUUCAAGAGAGUGCAUGAAAAAUGAGAUACAAUAUGAAUGCAAAUUGGACAUAAAUGUUGAUGAAUAUGUAGAAUCAACUGUCAGACCAUUCUUGAUGGAUGUGAUUUACUGUUGGUCAAAGGGAGCUAGUUUUUCAGAGGUGAUGCAAAUGACUGAUAUCUUUGAGGGUAGCGUUAUCAGAAGUUCAAGAAGACUAGAUGAAUUUUUGGACCAGUUGCAUGCUGCUGCCCAAGCUGUGGGUGAAGUCAGUUUGGAGAGUAAAUUUGCAGCUGCCAGCGAAAGCCUUCGUCGAGGUAUCAUGUUUGCAAAUUCUCUUUACCUGCAAGUUGUCUUUUUGCAGGCAUUUGUUGUGUGGGGUGCCCAUGAGCACAAAAGUUCUUACCUUGCAACAAUUAUACCGUGGUGGCCACUUAAGAUGUGCUAUAUACUGGCAACUAUAGAUUCCAUCUCCUUUUCUCCUUCACUUUUGAGUUUCAUUCAUGCUGUUGAUCUUAUAUAUUUGACAGUUGAUUUCAUUGUAUACACACAAAGUUGGUGACAUGGAGAUGAAAAGUUAUGCCCAUGUAACGCCUCAGAAAUGUCAUGAAUCUUUUUGAGACAUAACUUGACAGACAUCAGAAGCUUAUGUAGGUGCAUACAAUUACUAGUCAAUCCAUGUAAUGCAGAUUAGAUAUGUUUCAUGUAUCAAUUUUCUAGGGAAGAUAACAACAGUGUUUGAUGCCUUCUCUUUUCGAAUUGUUUUCGAUUGAUUGAUGAAGUUUUAAAUAA